AUGUGGAGACGAAUCCUUGCCCCACUGCCAGUGAUCGACCGUUUUCUUGCUCUCACCGGAGGUAAUCGUCACAAAAGAGAUGGGGAAGAAACAGAAGGAAUCACUGGCUGGGAUGGAAGUAGGUUGUGUAUUGGUUGUGGGGCAGUCAGGCCAAAGAUGGUUACUUCAGAGUUCAGCUAGGUGUUUAGAAGCAGGUAGGGGAAAGCUGGAUGCUGUUCAACACCUGUUUUGUGGAUGUAGGUACCCCUUUGUAGACUUUGGUAGAUCCAGUAGGACUGAUUGAGGCCCAAGUAGCAACCUUGGGUAAAGAAUCCUCUAUUCCCUCUUGAAUCCUGAGUUUUCAUUCUCUACCACCCCAGUAUUUUAUGAAAAUUUGUUCAUACCUGAUAAGUCUAUAACACAAUUAGCAAAGCAGGUCAUCCUUUUUAAGCAAAUGGACCAGGUAGAGGCUCAUUUAAUUGGUUAUAAUAAUAGUUUCUGUGUGCAGAACCAGAGAGUUUGCCAGGAAUACCAGAUGCUCCUGAGGAGGAAUUGCAUAUGAUCUGAAGCUCAGGAGAGAGCAACAGUCCCCUUUGCUGAUCUUAAACAUCAGUGUUAUAUGCUACCACUUGUGAAUUGUGCCAGAUGCCUAAUUAAAACUUUUAGUAAUAUCUACUAUCAUACAGUAUUAUGGAUAUACGAUGCUGUCAGGACGGCUGUGCCAACCUUGGCAGCGUGUGUGGAUAUGCGUUUCAGAGAACAUUGAUGUGCUGGCUUUAGGGGGGCAAACAGGGCAGACUUGGGGGCCCUGCAAAUCUUGUACAAAACCCUGCCUGCCUUCUUUAUAGGGUCUUUUAACUCAGCAGCAUUGCAGGCAAUGCUUCAAAAACAUAGGAAGCUGGCCUUUCCCUGCCAAAUUCAGACCCAUCCACAUCAAUAGUUCUUUAGCAGGGAGCUGGCUUAUGCCCUUUUUUCUGCACAUGCCCAAUUGCCGAGUUCCCUGAUGACAUCAGGAGGGAGUAGCCAUUUUGUUUUAGUAAGAGGAAAAAGGAAAUACUGCAAGUGUCCUCUCCACUUAGGCACCUCCUUGUGCAUGCUUUGAACAUAAAGAAUUAAAGGAGUGCCACGUAGAAUUUCCAUGGGUAAUGCAUGUAGGCACGUAUGAGCCAUCAAGCCACUCAACCGAGCCACUAUGUAUUUCAGCUUCAUGCAGGUCUUACUAAGCUCCUUGUUGGCUGCUAUAAAUGGGUGGUUGGCUACAUUCAGCUGGUUGAGUCACAAGCUGUGCAGGACUAGGCUAAUGGCUAAAAGACUUCUUUGCUGGUACUGAGCCAAUCUGCAGGACUCAGGGUGGUUCACAGAAUAAACGAAAAAUAUAAAACCACAAAAUACAUAAUCAAAAUAAAAAGAACAACCCAGCAACCCCUCCACAUUUUAAAAGAGCAUAGGAUGUCAAUCAAAUAAACCAAAGGCCUGGUUAAAAAGGAACAUUUUUGCCUGGCGCCUAAAGGUGUAUAAUGAAGGUGCCAGGCGAACUUCCCUGGGGAGAGCAUUCCACAGACAGGGAGCCGCUGCAGAGAAGGCCCGUUCUCGUGUUGCCACCCUGUCAUGUUGCAUAAUGACUAUUUCAUAUUUUUCAUGUGUAAUUAGUCCAUUUUUAACAACAAACAUCAAUUAAUUUAUUCAUUUAACAGAAUUCGUAGACUGUCUUUCCUCACAUCAUGAUGACUCCAGGGUGGUUAACAUCUUGCAAAAUAGACAACCACAUAAAAUAUAACUUGAUUAAAAUAAAUUACGGCAUUGUAAAAAGAAACAAAAAACAAAACAAAAUACAGUAGCAGAUGAAAUACCAAGCAGUGGAUUGUUUGCACAUGGAUGUCAACCUAUCCAACCCAUCUGCACCAAAUUACAUGAUAGGAAUGCUUAUGCAACACCAUUUCUCUUUACAGAGAGAGGUAUAUUUAUUUAAACUGACAGCCUUUCCUGCCCACAUACAGUGGAGAAGCAGCAUUGGGAGAUGCAGGCGAGCCCUUAGGAAUCUAAGGAGACUUGCUGUAAAUCACAACAUUUGACACAUAGCAGGGUUUAGUUUCUUGUAAGGAGGAAUACAGCAACACAUGACCAAUAGUUUCCUCCAGAACUAGGCAUGGGUAAUAUUUGAAAUAUUGGAGCUUUUGAGUACUGGCAGGAAGAGGCCUGUUUUCAUUAGUCAGGGAGCAUUCAGGCCAAAGGGUUAGGAGCACAAAGAUCAAACAGAACCAGGCACCGUCAAACGGACAGAAAAGAAAGGCUUGGUGCAAGUCAAAUAGUCGGCUGGGAAUUCUAGAAUGAUUCAGGAAGGCAGCACAAGAGACAAUUCCCAUAAAGAUGAUGGAGGAAUGAAGAAGAGCAUAUGAAGGGGUACACUCCAAAUCUAAAAGGAGGUUGUGUAGGGCUUCACCUAAGGAAAAGGAAACUGACCAAUGUACAGAUAUAAUAUCCCAUGCAAAGUUUCUGUUUUGUUGCUGCCUGGACCAUGGGGAUCUGUAGUGCAGCACAGUGGCUGCUGUGUGUCAGGGGAUGGGAUUCUGGGCGGCAGGGGGGCUUGAGGGUGGCAGCUGUCCUAAAAAAACACUCCACAACUUUGGUCCACCCCAUGCGCCUCAGAUGAGUUCAGAACCCUUUUGAGAUCUCUUUAAGCAGUCUUGCUUCCCCAUUAAUCCCUCUGUCAUCAGGUGUGUAAGGAGCCUCUUCCUCCUUCAGUGAAUCCUUUUUCUCUUUGACUUGCCACGUGGGUAAACCCCAGAAAUGCUGCCUUUUCCUUCUUUCUACGCUGUGUCCUAUGCCACUGUGGCAAGACUCUUUACUCUUUCCCAUUUGUGUCAAGCUGUUCCCUGUCCUUGCUCCAUCUGUGCUUGGAGCCCCCUCUAAGUGUGCUGCCCGCCACACCUUUAUCCACCAGGUGGUCUAAUGCCUUUCCUUCUCUAGUGGGGCCACCUGCCCAGCUUCUUCUUGUCUCUUUGACUCACCUCUGCAGCUGACAGCAUGGAGCAGCUGUGCCAGUCGCUGCUGACAAUCUUAUACCACUUUAGCAGUCAUAAAAAAGGUAAAGGUAAAGGACUUCUGACAGUUAAGUCCAGUUGCAAAUGACUCGGGUUGCGGCGCUCAUCUCGCCGAGAGAGCCGUUUGUCCGCAGACAGUUUUUCCGGGUCAUGUGGCCAGCAUGACUAAGCUGCGUCUGGCAAAACCAGAGCAACGUAUGGAAACACCGCUUACCUUCCCGCUGGAGCGGUACCUAUUUAUCUACUUGCACUUUGAUGUGCUUUUGAACUGCUAGGUUGGCAGGAGCAGGGACCGAGCAAUGGUAGCUCACAUCGUCACAGGGAUUCGAACCGCCGACCUUCCGAACAGCAAGCCCUAGGCUCAGUGGUUUAGACCACAGUGCCACCCGCGUCCCUUUUUAGCAGUCAUGGUCUUCCCCAAAGAAUCCACUAAGUUCCCAGAAUUCUCCAUGACUGUAGAAGUGGUAUGAAAGUAUUUUAAAUGUGUUGUGUUAAGUUGUGGGUGAACAUAUCAGGCGACACAGAGAUUCUGCAAACAGCUCUUCUUUAUUCAGAUGCCAGAACAGAACUAACUGAGGAGCUCAGUCAGCCUGCUUAUAUAGAGCUCCAGAACAAUUGUAACUGUUGCCACUUUCUAAAACUAUCCAAUCACAGAAUGUCACUUUUCGAUCCUUCAUUUGCAUACAAACUAUCCAAUCACAGAACGUCACUUUUCAAUCCUUCAUUUGCAUACAAACUAUCUGUCAGGGAACUGCCAUCAGUGCCGGAGGGAGAGAGCAAAAUCCAGAGGGAUUCCGGAGAGUGUCCUGGGAUUGGGAGAGGCAGCCCAUCUUCUGGGGAAGAGAAUCAGCGUAGCACCAGUGGAGAAGGGGGGCAGAUGGGGGAAGCGGCGAGGCGGUCCCAUGACUCCUUGCCGGGGACCAGCGGGGAGAGUAGAGGUCCUCCGCUGCCUACGCCCUCCUUGCGCAGAAGGCUUUUGCGCAGAGAGAGUAGGAGGAGACUAGGCGUCAAAGAGCUUCUUUGCUGGAAGAAGUUUAAGAAACGCCCACUGACGGAUUCUGCCAGCGAUUGAGACAGCCACGGGUGAGUGGCUGUCCGGACAGAAAAGGUUCACUCAGGCAACCCAGCCAGGUGUUUGCACCGGCUUACGCACGAGCAACCCCUAGAACCACUACACUAUCCAAUCACAGAACGUCACUUUCGAUCCUUCAUUUGCAUAACUAUCUACAGUAUCCCCCUGCUGGCCCAGGGUGAGAACAUCAGUACAUAACAUGUUGUGUAGAUGUGAUCUAAGAAGCAGUAACCAUCACUGUGUCAAGACUGGGCUGUAGGCAGCACACAGCAAGGCGCUUAGGAGCUAAGUCAAAGAGUCAGAGACAAGGAAGGCCAUUGUUGCUCAGGCAAGAUUCAGUCCAAAUAGGAAAACUCUUGUAGGCCUUUCUAUCUAAGUCCAGUGGCCGGUAUGGGAAUACUUUUAUUGAUAAGAGAGCGGAUCUAACCCUCGGUUCAAUGGCUCAACACACAUGAAUCAUAAAACUGUAGAGCUGGAAGGGUAAUCUAGUCCAGCUCCCUGCAACUCAGAAAUCUUUUGCCCAACUUGGGGCUCGAACCUGUGAGUCUGAGAUUAAGAGUCUCAUGCUGUGCUGACUGAGCUACAGAACAGAAGGUUUCCAGUUUUAGCUCAAGUGGUUCCUCCCACACACAAAAAAUAGCUGAUGGUGUACACCACCGUCAUCUUUUCGACCAGGACAGAAGUCAAAUUGUUGCUUUACCACUAAAUUGUAACUGAAGAAUAAAAAACCCUGAGCAAAAGGCAAGGUAAUAACCAUUAACCAUGCAAAAGUGUCUGGAAAACCGAAGACAUAACGAACCAAAUCUACAUAUAACUUGGAAAGAAAGGAGGUGGAAAAUACAUGUUAUGACAAACGGUUUUAUCUAUAGGAUAAUGGAGUCACACAUAUGAGUAGAAUAUUAAUGAGGACAAAAAUAAAAUUGAUACUUUUCAUUUUCUGAAGAUGUAAAAUGCUUGACUAGUUCAUGCUUUUCUGCCAAAGUCCUCCUUUCUGGAAUUUGCAAAUAUGUAUAAACUGAUGAAAUAAAUACUGUAUACAUUAAGAUUGUAUAUUUUCCAUCAAACUGAAAUGGGGGGGGGGGUUUCAGUUCACUGCUCAACCAAAGGUUAAUGAGCUAUUCUACAUUUCAAGCUGAAUACAGAACAGUGAUAACUCGGUUUAAGAACAGCCCUGUUUACGAACAAUUUGGUUUAUGAACUCUGCAAAACUGGAAGUAGUGUUCCGGUUAGCAAACUUUACCUCGGUCUAUGAACAGAAGCCGAACGGUGGAAGGGCACCGGCGGUGGGAGGCCUCAUUAGGGAAAGCGCGCCUCAGUUUAAGAAAAGUUUCGGUUUAAGAACGGACUUCCGGAACAGAUUAAGUUCGUAAACCGAGGUACCACUGUACAGUAUAUGGAUAUGAGCUUGUGAAGGUGCUACCAGAUAUCAAGAAAUGGAUUUGGUGGUUGGGAGUUCAGAUUCCUCUGUGCUGAACUUCACAUUAUGUUAAAGACUUCAGAAGAAGCAACUGGUUUAUGAUAAGACCAAUAUAAAAAUAACAGCGUAUAUCCAGAUUGUGAACAGAACACAUGGUAAAGAAUUUAAGAUAUAUUGUGUAAAUAGAUGUUCCAAGAGAAAACAUUGACUUGAACAUAUUGACACUCCCAGGGUGUAAUAUUAUGACAGCCAUAUCUUGUAUCAUUGUAAAGAAAAAAAAAUACAUAUAUUUGGUAAGAGGUUUGUAUAAAGUUUUUGUUUGACUUCUAUGCUAAAAUGCUAAAGGUGGUUGUAAAAGGUUCCUUUCUAGGCCCACAAUUUUGUUUUUUCAGAUGUUAACAAAGAAAAAGAGGUGUCAGGUUUAAGAUAAUAAUUUGAGAAAACUGAUACAGAAAUUACAGUAUUUCAUCCCACUGGAGUAUUGAAAACAGAUCUUUUUGAAACUUUUAAGCAAGGUUAAACUAAGUACGUUGCUGGUAAAUUUAUAAAAUAACAAAAGGAUCUAAAGCUUUCAUAAUAAAACUUGGUUUAGAACUAACAGAGCAAUACUGUACAUCAGAUCCUUCAGCUGAGGGAUAUGGUAGAAACCCCGUCUCACUGACAGAAUUUGAGAUAACACUGCUGCCAUGAUAAACAGCAUGGCAGAACAUCUGUAGAAUGCUCUGCUGGUACACUCUACCAAAGAUAUGCCAGGACAGUUACAACAGGGGAGCAAUAGGGAACGAAGCAUUACUGGAGAUAACAACCAAUGCUACAUGCUAUACUCUCCCAGAUCAUGACUAUGUCCCCAUUGGGUAGUUGAUAUCAAUUGGGACUGGUAGGGCAGGGAGCCCAACAGUAAGUGAAGAAAGCCAACAAGAGCCAGACUUGCAUGGUUAGAGAUGCUUCUUAAUAUUCUGUAGUCCUGAGCCAUUUAGGACUUUAGAGGUCAGAAUCAGUACUUUGAAUUGAGACCAUAAACAAACUAGUGGCUAGUGUACAUCACUGAGCAUUAGCAGGGCCUUAAAAAAAAAAAAAAAAGUACAGGUACUCACUGGAACCUGCCAGUUGGACUCUGAAUGUCCAUCUGCUUGUGUAUGUCAUCCCACCAGGGUGUGCAAGGCAGUUUAGGUCCCAAAACUAGAUUUGAAUCAGAACAACCAGUUUCAUCAAAGAAAACCUGGAGAUGGUUUGCCACCAUGUGCUUGAACAUCUUGCCUAAGGAAUUUAACACAGGGUUGCCUUUUACUAUGCGUAUCGAGUUUCAGCUUUCUAUUUCUUAUGGAAGCACUUGUAACCGUUUUUGCACUGCUAUUUUGCACCGUAUUUUUUAAUGCUUGUGUACCUUGAACAACAAUCUGACGCACAGAAAUCUACCAUGUCAAGCUGCUCCUUGGUUGGAGAUGUGUCUGCUAAAUUUCUGUGUGCAAAUUGGAUGUUAGCAAAACAGGACUGGGGCCAGUAAUUAAUGAGUCAGACAUUUGAUGUCAUCUUUAUAAAUAUGAUAAAAAACCCCAAGGACUAUGAGUCAAGGGAGUGACCUUGAGUUAGCAACUAGCUACUUAUAAACAUAAUAGCAUUUCCCUCUCCUCUGAUUGUAUUUAGGACAAACAUAGUAUUUAUUGAAUGGCAUUUAGAGAUUGUUUACAAAUUUGAAUUUUAAAUCCUAACCAAUGAAAUAAAUAGCAUGUUGAAAUGUUAAUGCAUGGAGCUUUACAGUUUUUAAGCUUGUUUAUAAUCUUGGUGCUUAAUAUUAGGCUACGUUGUUGUUGUGGUAAAAAGUAGGUGGUUGAUGAUCUAAUGGGGUGGAUUUUGAAUCAUGGGACAAACUUGCCCAACCAGUUUCCUAAAGAGAUGAAGGCUGAGCUUCAAACAAAAACUGGUAUCUAGCUUGUGAUAGAAUUCUUUUCAUCCUGCAUGUAAUGAUGUCCUUAUUAUGAACUUUGACGCUAAUUUGCAUUGAUUCAGAAUUGUCAGAAUGUCUCUUCCUUCAGGACUUUGGUUCUGGAGAAACAGGUUUAGUGGGACUAUAGUUAAGGAAGGAGAGUGUCAAGAUUAGGUGGGAAAUAUUCUGUGUUCAUUUUCUUGUUAUUUGUGAAACAGUUUUUCAAAAGUGAGAAAGGCAUUGACUUUAGCUUCCCUAAUUCUGAUGACUAUAAUAUAUUCAUUAUAACUGUGAUUAAUGAACAAGCCCAGGUCAUAAACCAUGGCUUGAUCCUGGCUUGUUUAAACUAACCACCGUUCCCCUGAGUUUGGAUAUAAUGGGAAGCUGUGGUUAAUUUAAAAGCAGAAGUAAAAGCUUCUGAUCUUCUAUUUGUGGCUGCACCAGAGCUGGUAAAGGGAAAUGUGUGACUCUGAGGCUCAUUCAGGUUUACUCUCAGAGGUCUAACUCUAAACUAUAGCUUAGAAGUGCAUCUGAAAAAAUCCUACAUGUACAGUACUUGAGCAGUAGAUUUAGGAUAUAGCAGCAAUGCUUCUCCUUCCAGCUCUGAUGUAUUUCUGUCUGACCACAUAAGGUGAACUAUUCCUACUUAUCAGAAAGGAAAUUUGGGAUCCUAGAGCAGUGCCUUUCAGUCUUUUUACGCUGAGGAAUCUUUUCUAUAUUGACUUAUUUGUUGAAAAACGUAUGGGCAUCUGCUGUAAACAUCUAAGCAUAGUAGAAGAUUCUGAGCUUGUUCUAAAGUAAACAGCCAGAUGAAUUAAGCCUGCAUCCUAAAAUUGCCAAUAUAAUGAUGCUGUUAGCAAAAUCUAUGGUUAAUACAGACUACAGAUCUACCUCAUUUUUUAAAUAGACCUCUGUGGUACAUAAACUGUAGGCAGGGGCAAAAGAGUAAUUUAGAGAGGCAGGCAUACAAUUAUUAGAAAUAAGUGCUUCUGAGCCCCCAGGAAUGUUCUUACUACUGGAACUGAGCUUAACAGCCAUUUCCUAUGAGAAUCCAUGCCUAGCUUUUAUCCAAGCUUUCUUCAUUUCAGCUGACUAAUUAAGGAGGGAGAAAGGUGUAGAUUAGAAGUUUGGCCAGGUGUGGAAGAUCGGGGAGGAGAAGUGAAUUUGGUGUUGCGCAAUCUUCCCUAAUAUCUGUCUGGGUGCCAGUCUUCUCUGCGUAACACUGUUUUGCUUAUAACCUGCCAAAAAACAACAACCAUACACUGUUGCCCUUUCUCCACACGUAAGAACUUCUCUAGUUCAGUAGGGCUGCAGUCCCGUAAAGUCAGCUGUAUUGAACUCCACGCAGCUUGCUUCUGAGAUGUGCACAGGAUUGCACUGUUGGGUUGCAAUCCUACAAGAUAGAGGACCCAACAAACUUUAACAUCACCUACAUGAGAUUUAGGGACGUGGGUGGCACUGUGGGUUAAACCACAGAGCCCAGGACUUGCCGAUCAGAAGGUCCGUGGUUCAAAUCCCCACGACGGGGUGAGCUCCUGUUGCUCGGUCCCUGUUCCUGCCAACCUAGCAGUUCGAAAGCAUGUCAAAGUGCAAGUAGAUAAAUAGGUACCACUCCGGCGGGAAGGUAAACGGCAUUUCAACCCGGAAGCUGUAUGCCGGCUCCCUUGGCCAAUAAAGCGAGAUGAGCGCCGCAACCCCAGAGUCGGCCACGACUGGACCUAACGGUCCGGGGUCCCUUUACCUUUUACAUGAGAUUUAAUUCCAGGCGGGGACUUAAUUUGCGAACGGGUCACUGAGGUAUUUAAAUUGGGAUAAAUACAAAUUAAAACUCGUGUGUGUGUGUGUUUUGUAGGGUGGGGUGGGAGAUGCAGUGUAGUAGUAUUCUGACACCUCUAAAACCGCCGCGUGGACCUUGCACCAUUUAAUUCAACGAGUCUCAGCGACCUGUACAGACAGAACCGCGCGCGCACACACGCGCGCACCCCGGGCGUCAUUCCAGCAAGUGACGUGCGUCAUACGUCACACGCCCCAAGGGUAAGUGUGGCCCCACCCACAAAACCACAAAAGCACCAGCUCUUCCGCUUUCCCGGCAGCCUCCGGGCGCCUCCUCGGCACACAUCGACCUCACCGGAGAUAGUCACGAGAUAAGGGUGGGGGGAGGGUGUUGUAUGUGCGUCGACGCUGGUUGCGGCUCCUGCUCUCGCGAGAGCAGUUUGGGGAGAAGCUCGCGGCGAGUCGGGGCCGUUGGCUCGGAGGUGAUUGGCAGGCGGCGCUGGGUGGCUCCCUCCCCUCCCUCGACUCGGCGUUGAAGCGGCCGCCAUUGUCGGAUCAGCCAGCAGCUGGAGGAGGAGGAAGCAGAGUCGGAGAGCGGCAAGCGGCGGUGAGCAGCUUGUGUCUCGUGUUCCGUAUCUCUUCUGGUGGGGUGGGGGGCACAUGGGGCGAAGUGGGGGCGGUGCUCCGUGUCGGGGCUGGAGGCGAGGGCCACCGUUUUGAAGCUGGAGGCUCCAUCUUGUGUGAGAGUGAGUCGGCAGGAGCCCUUGGCCCAGUUCUCGUUUUCCCUUGUAAGGCUCUGAGGGACUGGCCUGACCCCCCUUAUCCAGCAGUCUUGAUGGCUACGUGAGCAGAAAAUAAAAAUAAUUCGUCUCAGGCAGGCGUACCUUUUUUCCUUUUCAAAUGCUUCCCAACCAUGCAGGUGGAACUGGAAAUUCUCACUGGCUUUCGCCCCAUAAGUGUGCCAAGAAGAAAAAAAAGGGGAAGGGACUCGUAUUACUGGUUUUCAACCGUAGCACUGUAAACAUAACAUAACAACAACACACGGAGUACAUAUUAAUUUGCAUUGCCUGUUUCAAAAAGUAACAGUAGGGACAGAUAUGCAACUAGGUUCGUUGAUUUAAUUAGUCCUCUCCAUAGAGAUACAUGUGUUAUGGGGUUGGCAAUAACUAUGCAGCCUCUAAUACCUCCUCCCCAACCCUUACCCUGUUGUUACGACAUGCUGUACUUCUUUCCAUUUGUCUUCUUCAUCAGGUCUAUGUCUUGCCCUUCCUCCCAAGGUGUGUACCUGGUGUUAUUCCCUAUGUUAUCCACGUGUCAACUCUGUGACAUAGGUAAGGCUGAGAGCAAUGGGCGUUGGAAUUGAGGCCCAGGUCUCCCUAGCCCAUUUCCAGUUGUGCAUCCAGAGCAUCCCUUAGUUUCUCAGCAGCAUUUACACGUCUUUGAUUAUUUAUGUCGAAUAAAUGCUCUGGAACAAGCUUUGACUCAUCUAGCCUUUACGGCAUUGCCUUUCUCUUCCUCAGCUACGUCCCAUGGGGCAGCUUGACACAGAUUCUGGGACCCCUCUGAUUCUCUUCCCCCCCCCAAAGAAGCUAAUGGAAAGAUCCUUGUUCUAGUUUCUCCAUUUCCCUUUUCUUAUGUCCCAUUGUGUGACACUUUGCUCCUUACAGACUUGUUUCCUCUUCUGCAAGGGGGUUACAGAGACCAUUGGCAUAAAAUUGUCAGCAGCCUCACAGGGCUGCAAUUUUUGCAUGCCUCUGCAUCACUUGGUGAAGUUGCCCACAGAUGAGUACCGUGUCACCAGUGAAAAAGUAUUGUGUUUAAGGUGGCAUAAGCUGAUAAACUUGGGUUGUGGUCUUUACUCAGAAGUGGCUUUUAAUACAGUAGUACCUUUGGUUAAGAACUUAAUUUGUCCCAGAGGUCCGUUCUUAACCUGAAACUGUUCUUAACCAGAGGUACCACUUUAGCUAAUGGGGCCGUCGCGCCACCAUUGUGCAAUUUCUGUUCUCAUCCUGUUCUUAACCCGAGGUACUAUUUCUGGGUUAGCGGAGUCUGUAACCUGAAACGUCUGUAACCCAAGGUACCACUGUAUAUGAAAAUCUUGAUGUUACAGUGAUGAACAUGAAUGUAUAAUUUGUUCUGCAUUUACUACAGUUAAGUAAUGUAACACUACUCCCUUGUUUAGGACAUCCAGCUCACACUUUAAAAGUGGCCCGAGAGAACAGUAAGUUUUGUUUCCUGCAGCCCAUCCUGAAUUAGUGCUAAAAUUUGGAGUAGUGCUAUCUUGCCGGUAAACAGCUAGUUUAAUCUGCAGGGAACUAGAUCUGUUUUCAGUAACUGCUUUGACUAAGUUUGCUCAAGUAAUGAUGUUUAUCGUAUGUGGGUAUGUUAGAAUUUGACAUGAGGAUGAGAAGAAUCCUUACAUUGCCCCAAGAUGGCUGCAGUGACUUAAUGGAAGUGUUGUUAUAUUAGUUUAGCUAAAUUAGUGCCCUAGCUUUAUGUUCAGACUCCUGUUGGAGAAACAUUGAACAUGAAGUAGUUCAUGAUAUUUGCUCCCUAAUAAUUUAUACACUGUGAUGUUUUCCCCAAGACGGCCUACUUUGUCUCAGCAUGAGAUAAUUGCGAAACUGCAUUAGAAGGGAGAAUGCAGAUGUAAAAAUUUGCCCCUCAGGAGAAACAUUGCUUAAUUAGAUGUGUUCUGUAUGGAACAAUGUGUGUUGCAAGUAGGUCUAAAUCAUCACUGUCAGUGUUGCAAGAGUUUUUUGGAAGCAAUAUUGCAGGGAGGAAGUUAGGGAAGUUCUUAGAGCCAGCAUCAAUAGCAGAGUUUUGUUGGUAAGCUGCAACUUUCUUUGCUGCAACUUCACUUUACCAUCUUCAGAAUCUGUUUGCCAUGUUCUUUUCCUGCCAUUGUAAACAGGGAAGGAGGAUGGCUUCUUUAGCUGGAUAUAGUCUUGCUUAGUUAGAAACAGUUUUGUUUCCUUCUUCCUCCGGUUUUUACUUGUCUGGGGCCAAGUUAAACAUUAUGGCAGCAUGAGUGUGGGUGGGGUGGGAAAGAAAAGCAAUACAGUAGUCUUCUUCAGAACUCUUUUUACCUAGAUAUUUUUAUCCCAGUUGGGGUUACAUUCUGUUUUGGAGACAACUGGGAUGAAAAUAUGAGGAUGAAGCAGUUUGGUGAAGCGCAGUGGUGUGUCCACUAUGUGUCCACUGUCAGCAAGGGUAAUUUUCAGCUGACAUUUGAUAACUUUUACUAUAUAUUGCACUGAGCAUCUCUGUUUUCUCCUAAGAACUUCAGCCAAACCCAUUACCUAAAACGAUCUCUUUCUUGGAUACAGAAAAAAGACAAGUGAUAAACAGUUUGUAUUGUUUUCAACAUUGUGUACUCAUGACUUUUACAUUGCUACUUCAUUAAAACCUACUUUUAGCUUCAGGCACCAUUCAGAAGACUUUUUUGUACAGUUAUUCAGUCAAAUUUAUAAGCUGUUCCUUGAACUAUUUGAAUGACAUUAGCAAAGUAUCUGUACUUAAUCAAACAAAUGUGUAAUUGGAUCGAUCUGGUAGAUUUGAACUCUCAAAUGCCUCCUUUUAAGGGCUCUCAUCAAAAGUGCCUUCGAAAACUUUAGCAGCUGAUGGGUAAUGUGAGAGAUAAGAUAAUGGUUAAAGAAGAGGCAGUGAUAAAAAUACAGCAACAGACUUAAUCAGGGAGAGAAAGAAAUAGUGGAGUCUCUUAGGGAACUAUGUUGGGAAUCAGGGCUGCUUAGCUGAUUUCUAACAGUAAUUGGUCAAACUUCAUUGAAGGUAGAUACCAGUGAGCCAUGCAGAGAUGCAGUGCAUUUCAAAGUACAGUGGUACCUCGGGUUAAGAACUUAAUUCGUUCUGGAGGUCCAUUCUUAACCUGAAACUGUUCUUAACCUGAAGCACCACUUUAGCUAAUGGGGCCUUCUGCUGCUGCCGCUGCACGAUUUCUGUUCUCAUCCUGAAGCAAAGUUAUUAACCCGAGGUACUGUUUCUCGGUUAGCAGUGUCUGUAACCUGAAGCAUCUGUAACCCGAGGUACCACUGUACAGAUGCAGGGAAAAGGAGAUUCACUGCUGUGACUGCCCUGCUGGUGAUGGGGAAAAGGGGUAAUUCUAGGAGCAUAUAGUGACACUUUAGAUCCAUUGAAUCCAAAUCCUCUUGUACUCCAGAACUGGGAGAAAGCUAUGUCAAUUUUAGAGAAUGUGUACAGUGGUGCCUCGCAAGACGAAAAUAAUCCGUUCCGCGAGUCUCUUCGUCUAGCGGUUUUUUCGUCUUGCGAAGCAACCCUAUUAGCGGCUUAGCGCUAUUAGCGGUUUAGCGGCUAUUAAAGGCUUAGCGGCUAAAAGGCGCUUAGCGGCUUAGAAAAAGGGGGGGGGAGCGAAAAAAAUUGCAAGACUCGCAAGACUUUUUCGUCUAGCGAAGCAAGCCCAUAGGGAAAUUCGUCUUGCGAAGCGCAUCGAAAAACGGAAAACCCUUUCGUCUAGCGGGUUUUUCGUCUUGCGAGGCAUUCGUCUUGCGGGGCACCACUGUAAUUCCCCUCUCCAUUGGAACCAGUGGGUAGGGGUGGUACCUCUUUCAAGGACCCUCCCCCUUCAUAAGAUUGCUCUGCCCAUAAACUUGGAAAAAGUAAUGCAGUCCCAAAACUACAUGACUAUUAACUUCAGUCAAAUGGGUAGAUGAUACAGUAAAUAUUCUUUAAGUGACUCAGUUCUGAAGUGUACAGGAUAUUGUUGGCAGGACAUGAGCAAAGCUUCCAAAGACAUCGUAACUUUUAAAUGGCAGCAAUAAAAUAGCAGUUCAACAGAGGAAAAAUAUUUAAAUGUAGUCAUUGCAGAAACAAGCAUAAGAAAAAAUACAGUUCCUUAGAGUAAAAUACAAUAUGCAGAAAAUAAUCAUAAACGUAUAGACUGAACUCCAGUUUUGAGCACACUGCGUCUUUUUGAAUUUCUGCCCAUCUAGUCCUCAUCUAGUCUGGAUGGGCGCAUGGAAGCAGUCUUGGGAUAACUGAGUACCUGAUCUGGCUUGAGUCCUAAACAAAACAUUAUUCACAAAACAUUAUCGUGUGAAUACAGCAUGAGGCUUCAUUACCUCAGACAAACAUGCAUGUUAUGCCUUAAACUUUAGAGUGGAAGGUUAUAUGUGUAUUCUUAACAUAACCAAAAAAUAAGAACGAGGAAGGUACUGAGGCCAGAAAAAGGAAGGAACUGGUUAGAUGCAACUGAAUGUGCUCAAACCAGAAGGUACUGCUUGAUGAAACUUACACUUUUUGUGUCUGCACACAAAACCAUCAGUUGUGACUUCUCAGAAGUUGAGGGAAGAGUAAUAGGAAGGGGCAGUCAUCUUUUUUAAAAAAUACAAAAGGGAACCUAGGCAGAUCAUCACCAUUUUUUGUCAACUGUUGCCUGUUGUAAAUAUGUUGAAUGAGCAAAAAUAAUUUACGUUUGCAGUAUAGCACACACUUGGCUUCUGAUUGACUUUGGUAUGUACAAAUGUUAGCAUACUGUGUGUCUAUGGCCUGAGCAGGUGCUGUGUUGGCGUACUAAUGUUCCAUGUAUAGUGGCCAUGGGUUGCAUUUAAGCAAGACACUAAGCAUGUGCAAUGAUACCCAGGAAGUUCUUACAGUCUGAAUGUACAGUAAUAACUGUGUGUGACUUAGAAAAUCACAAAAAGCUCAUUCCCCCAAAGCCAAGUGAACUUGUCUGUGCACAUUUGUGAGUUGAUGGAGUGCUGAAACAGCUCUGUGUGCUUGCUUUUUCUUGUUUUUUAAUAUGAAGUAAGCUACAUUUCCACUAGGUUACACACAGGGUAUUUACUUUCAGGGCUGUAUAUCUUGUGAACAGCUUUUGAAAUAGUUUAUUUAUUACCAAGGUUAUAUGAGCUUAUUCUAGAUAACCAAGUUAAUAACUUUAUUAGAAGGUAGCAGGUGCUCAGUGUUGACCUUCCUGAAACUUUAUUAUGAUACCUCAACAUGUAUGACUUUUCUACUCUUGCAUAUCAUACAUUUCAGAAAUGCCAGCUUCUUUAGGUUUACUUCUAGUAAGUGCUUCCUUGUAGUUUUUAGCUGUGACUUGUCAAGCUUUGACUAGGUAUGUAUUUGUUACUCCAGUUCUAUGAAUAAUGUCAUCUGAGGGGAAUGGCUGUCAUUUUUCUGAUCAGCAGGUAAAACUGUAUAGUAAACUGGAACCUCUUUGCCCCAAACUGAAACCACUGUUGUGACAUUAAUUGGAUAGCCACUUGUGCAAUUUGGGGUGUUGUUCUUAAAGCCCCCAAACUUCUACUUGUGUUGUGUCUCUUCAAAAAAGUUCAGCAAGUGUUAUAGCAUUGUCCAGACUUUGAUUUUGUUGCUGUUUAGCGACUGUAAGAAGACAUUAUCCAUUACAGUAGACCAAAUGAUUAAGAGGCUGCAGUUUAUUUCCAAGUUUCUGAAAUGUAUAUAUUUGCUUUGUACUUAGAUUUAAAUUUAAUUUGUUGAUCCUCAGGUCAGUGUAUAAACAUUUGUGCAAAGCUUAAUGUUACAAGCCAUAUGAAUGAUAAAUUUAUAACUUGUAUUGUUGUAUUACUACAAAGAAUAUCCUCCAUUAUCUAAUUGGAAAUAUAAAUAUUUUUUUCAUAUUGCAUAGAAUAUGGAAUCAAAGCCACCAAGAAUUCCAAGGAGGGUAUCCACUCAGCCAUCCAGUUCUCAAAGUGCUAGGACAGGAGCAGGAAAUGGAGGAACCAGUUUAACUGACUCAUAUCUUACAAGAGAAUCUUCACUUAGAUUGGAACCUGGAUGCCAAGUAAGUAGUAUUUGAUGGUGAUACAUGCUUCAUUCAGCUUCCGCUUCUGAGUUUCUGCUCAGGAACAAAUGAGUGGACUUAAGUUGCAUGAAAAGGGGAUACCUUGCUAGGAAAAAGAACUUUAAUUAAUCUGUUUAACAUGUUAAGAUAUGAUCAUGAUAAGAUGUCCAAAAACAUCUUCUGAAGCCUUGAUAGAUUUAUUUAAUACCAGAAAUUCUGUCACUUGGCAGUUUGUGAAUGACACAGAUCUCUUCAUACUGAUUAAACCUUAGGUGUAUGAAUUAGUCUUUUAUACAGAUACUAAUGGUAACUUUUAUAUAUUAGAACAGUGUUUCUCAAAUGUGGGUUCCCUAGCUACUGUUGGACUACAAAUCCUAUCAUCCCAUACCACUGGCCCUGCUUAGCUAGGGAUGAUGGGAGUUGUAGUCCAACAACAGCUGGAAACCCAACUAAAAGUGCGUUCUCAAAUGCACAAAUCCUGAGUGACAAAAAGUGUAAAAGAAGAAAAGAAAAAGGGGAAUGAAGUUUACAGCUAUUAAGCCUAUAAAAAGUAUGCUUAUUGGUUUUGGGUAUUACACAUAUCUCAAGGAAAUAAAUAAAGUGUUGUUAGCUUGAUUGUCACAUCAGAGUUCUGAAAUUAAGGUUUUGUGGAAACAAGCACAAAUCCUGCACACCUUUUUUAGAACGGUAAAUUUGAUUAAAUUAGUCUAAUCUCCCCGAGUAUUAUAACUGCAGUGGAAGGACAGGCUAUGCAUUUUCUAAAUAUAUAUUUUUUAAAUCUGAACAAAGCAUAAGGGCUACAUUCUACUCUUUAGUUGCUACUUUAUAGGGAUAAGCUUAAUUUUUAUAUAGCAUUAACUGUGGUAGGCAUGCAAACCAUAUAUAUCUUCUCCCUCACAGGAUGGGUGCAUUAAUGUGGGGUAAGGUAGGUUGGGCUAUAAUCCCAAGGGGUAUUAGGGCAGAGAUAAAACUUCUUUGCCAACUCGAAAACUGAGAUGACCUGUGCUUUGUGGCAGACUUAGCCUAGCCCCAUGAUAAUGAUGUACAAAUAACACCUUUUAUUAUUUUCCAUAUUAGUACAUGCCAUUUAGCCUUAAACAAUAUAAUGCUAUCCCUGUCUCUGUUAUUGGGUGGUCCAUUGAGAGACCACAUGUCCAUCUCUUGAGUGCAAAGCUCACUGAGUUCAUUCUGUGACUCGCACUUUCCAUUUCAACAUAUAAACAUUCUUUCUGCCACUUAUAUUCCUUCCCCACCUGAUGGACGGACUUCCUACAGGGCAAAUGCAGCACUAGUAGUGCAUGCUAGGUAUUUGGUGAUAAGUUCUUAGUAAAGAAGAUUGGCUUGUUUCCAUAACUUCACAGUACAAGCAAGCAACUGCUGUACUGCUGGAAAAAACACUUCUUUUUUCCUCAAUUGCCAACAUACUGUCUAUAUUGUCAAUAUACUGUCCAUAAUUAGAAUAUAUAUAUGUGGCCUUGGAAUUUCUCUUCCAAGUUUACUUUUUUGUAUUCUGUAUGUGUAGAACGCUAGACUACAUAGUGCAGUAUUGCUAUUUUAAAGCAUUAUCCUAAAACAGGGUUUGGCUUCAACUGAAAAGUGGUAUUGGGAAAUAGUUUAUUUUGUAGGUGCUGUGUUUUAGCUAUCUUUUUUGAAGAAUUUGCAGAAUUAAGCCUCUAAAUAUAGAAAUGCUUGUGGCUAUUUUAAGCUUUAGCAUUUCUCUGUUAAGAGUAACUUACAAAACAAGGACUUCGGCAGGGAUUAUAGCUCUUUCUCAGUUUGUUUCCAGUAGAUUAUAUAAGCAGGAAUUCUCCUGUGGGAAUGUUCUUAAGACUGUCUUACAGGUAUGACUACUUGUAAAAAAAUGAGUUGCAUUCCUGCAACACUUUAGAAACUUAGUUGAUGCUUCCUGUAAGUAGGAGAUUUAACUACCAUCCUUCAGUUGAAAGGAUGCUUUAUUGAAUUCAGUGUUAUUUGAUUUUAAGUAAACAUGGGUAGGAAGGGGCUCAUAGUCAUAUUUUCUUAGCCCAAAAUAGAACAUUUAAAAUGCUUUAAGGCCAUUUUCUUAAAGCAUUUUAAGUUGCUUAUGUAAAAUAAAAAAUAAUCAGAGAAAUCAGCCAAUAGAAAACAUAUGCAGUCCUCACAGAGGGUGGGCAAAAAAACACAAUUUCCUCACUGUGGUAGGCAGAGCAUUCCAGAGCUACAAAGGUAAUAUCUAGAUAGCUGUGUGCCUUGAGUCACAUUCAAACAGUACAAGCCUGUGGUUCGUACUGGUAUAUGCACUGAUAUUGAAAGAAAUGGUCAUUUGGGUAUAUUGGUCCCAGACACUAAAGUCAAAAGCAGCAUUUUGAAUUUGGUCUGAUAGUAUAUAGGCAGUUACUGCUGCUGCAACAGCGCAGGGUUUAAAUAAGUGUUCCUUGUAAUACCUGUCAAAAGAUGGUUCUGGUUAUUGUAGCAGAUGAAGUUUUGAAGUCAUUUUCAUGGACAGCCUAUUUAAAGUUCAUUGCAGAAGUAAAGCCUAGAAAUUAUAAAAGCCUGUAUCAGGGUAGCAAGUUCAGCUGCAUGUCUUGUAAUAUUCUACAAAACAUUCUACAAGUAAUAUUCUAUUGGAAUUUUUUGAGAGAGUGAUCCAUGAACGAUAGUGAUUAUUAGGCCUUCAAUGAAACACCUAAUGGGUGUUUGGAUAAUUUCAAUGGGAUAAUUGAAAAUGAAUAUUCAGAGUAUCAGAAAUGUCAAAAUGUGGCCCAAAUGAAAUGUAAGAUGAACAAACUUUGCCUGGCUUAAGCCAUCUUCCACUUAAGGGCUUCUGGAAAGGCAAACGUGAGGAAGGAAGUGAAUAAAUGCUGUCAUACUAGAUAGCUCUUCCUCACAAGGGAAUUUUCCUGGACUGUUCCUUACCCAACGUACUGUAACACAUUUCGAAUAUUGUGUUGGGAAUGUUGACCUUAUAUGUACAGGUACCAUGUUCCUGGUGUGGCAUAUAAAUUUUAUUUAUUUAUGUUACUAUUUAUUCUUUUAUCCCACCCAUCCUUCUGAAGGAGCUUGCUAUACAAAUACAAUCAACACAGAACAAUAAUAAAACCAGUGUAAAAUCAAUAUUUUAAAAAAUGCAGUACAGCAGGAUGCCAUUGACUGUACUGUAAAACUCUGCUCCAAAUUAGGUCUUGGUUGCCAGUAUAUCAGUGUUAAGCACACCAGCACUGCUGUACUCCCAGCCACAGGUCCCUGACAGGCUAAUCUUGCAGUUAAUUGCAAUUCCAUUUAUUUGUGAUGAUAGAUAUGCUUUGCAUAUUUUCUUUUAUUCUGCCUGGUGCAAUGUUCAAACCAGCCUCAGGCAGUAGACACCAUGGUGAUACACUGUUAGCAAGAUAUUCAUUCCUCUUAGUCUAAAGGAAUCUAGUAGAGUAACAGUACUUAACUGUCAGGUAAGUAAGUACACCGAACUGACACCCAACAUUUGCAGCUUUUAAAUUGAUAGCUUGAGUUCAUUUUUAAAGAUUUCCAUUCUUGGACUAAAGUACAAAUCCUACUGGGACACAUUCAUUUGUGUAUAUAUAGUUGUGGUAUAUCACAAAUCUAUAAAAGUAAUCGUCCUUCCUCCAAAAAAGUAUAGGAGUUGCUUCACAUUAUCCAAAGUGUAAUACUCUGGGUACAAACAUAGCUUUUAUGUACUUAUAAAAAUCAUAAGGAUGGUAAGGAUGGUAGCCAUAGAUGGAACUCAACUUGAUGUCUUGAGCAGAAAUGUGACCAUAUUACUUUGUAGGAUUCUAGUCGGUUGCAUAGUUCCAGUAGAGACUGGGCAAUUGGAGAAAGAGAAGCAUAUGAAAGCCCAUGGAAGCUUCCAGCUUCAUCUCCAACUCGCUACUCAGGAACACUUGAUCGUCCAUGGUCUGGAAGAUUGUUGGGAAGCAGAAACAGACUGGUAAGAGCUGUUUGUAUCCUAAAUAUUUAUUUUAAAUGUUUUCCAAGUUUGCAGUCGCAUUAAUUUAAUUUCUUGUAAGUAAGUUUCAAAGAAACUUGCAAAUGUUAUCAGUUGUCUAGUUUUGCGUUAGACUGCAGUUGAAUUGCAGAAAUGUAGCUUUUUCUCUUAGGAAACUAAGAUGCCUAGAAUUGUAUUAGAAAAAUCCAAGCAUCUGUAAGUAUCUGUGCUUAGCCAUUAUGGACUUUGUAGAAUCCUGUUUUGCGAACAUUACCCACAAAUUACUUAGUUUUUGCCUAACAACUCUUUCCCUGUGAUAUUUUACCCAUACCCAUUGGGCACGGAAGCUCCACUUUUGUUCUCAUCUGAAGAAGCAGUUAGAUUGGCAGACAUGAGAGAAGGCAUUCUUGGGGUGGCCUCCAAAUAUGGAGAUUAAGUACAGCGUUUUAUAUGUUAUUUCUUGAUUUUGUUCAGGAAAUGUUGUUGUUUUCUCCCCCCCCAAACAACAACACAACACUUUUUACAUUGUAACAAACAGUGCAAGCUUCACUUUUUCAGUAUCUGCAUUCAGUCUGGAAGUUUCUAACUUUUGCUCUGUGAGUUACAUUUCUGUGUAAGUGCUAGAGAACAUGUUGUGAGCAGAAAGCAGGGAAUGGGGUGGAAGAAAUGAAGGGAAAUUAAGGAUGGAGACAUGUGUCUGCAGCCGCCUUGAGUCCUUGUCAGGGAAAAAGGUGGGAUAUAACAAAAAGAACAACAACAACAAUUCUAACAUAGAGAAAUAUAAUAAAAAAUAAGCACACAAUUAUAAAUUCACAAGCAUAUUUAUAUUUGAUAUAAAUAGUGCUAAAUUUAAUUUAAAGAGUUGGCAUUAUUUCCCACACUAAGACCCCAAAUUAACUAUUAAUUUAGAUUUAGAUGUAUAUUCUGCUUUAACUAUCACAAAGUGGCUUCCAAAAGAUAAAAGAUGAAACCACAUAGCUAUUACAACAAAAUAGAAUACAUGGAAAAAUGCUUAACACCAGCAGAGAGGCAUCCUAAAAGCUCUGCACAGCUUUGACAAAGCAAUGCUACUGCUGCAAAUGCUUUGUUGCUAGUAGAUGAAAACCUUUCCCUUGGUGAUGGUACCUUAUAAUUCUUCAGAUUAUUUUAAAAUGGGAGGUGGGUGAAGGUGGUAACCUGGGGAAAGGCACUCCUACUAUAUUCAGGGUCUAGGUUGCAGUCAUUUAGGUUGCAGUCCUGUACACCAAGGGUGGGGAUCAUAUGGCCCUUCUGAUCUUGCACUAUUAACUUCCAUCAUUCCUAACCAUUGGGGUUGAAGAAAGCUGGAGUCUAACAACAUUUGAAUUUCCACAGGUUCUUCACCCCCUGCUGCUGUACAUACUUGCCAGGAGAAGCCUCACUGAACUCUGUGAGACUUUUACAUGAGGAGACAUGCUUAGGAUAGUACUAUUAAGACUUGAAAAUUUGACGCAGAUUCAGCCUAGAAUCAAACCAGCAGCUAAUGCAGAUAAAAAGAGCAGGUGUUAACAAAUGUCACAUCUGGUUCCAACCAGGAGCUGCACUAUGGCUUUCUGUGUCUGAUGACAUUUUAAGGGGCAGCCACAUGAAUGCAUAAAUUAAAAUCCGAGAAGAUUUCAGAGCAUGUAAGACAUUAGCUUCUGAAUGUGAAAAUGAAUGAUAGUUUAAAAACAGUUUUAAGAGAAACUGUGCUAAUUGAACUGUUUUCUUUAAAACCUUGAAUUGUGCUAAAGGGAUUGUGUAUAUCCUUGAGAAUGGAUCUAACCAUGUUGUCUAAAUAGUAAGAAAAAACCAUUUAACUAGUAUUACUUAACAGUGAAUACAGUCGUACCUCAGGUUGAAUGCACUUCGGGUUGAGCGCGUUCGAGUUGCGUUCCUCGGCAACCCGGAAGUAAUGGAGCGUGUUACUUCCGGGUUUCUCCGCAUGCGCAGAUGCGGCGAAAAGCGACGCGCGUGUACGCGCAGACGUGCCACCGCUACUUACAUUUACUUCUAGAUGUGAACGGGGCUCCGGAACGGAUCCUGUUCGUAUCUAGAGGUACCACUGUAGAAGUAUCAAAUCCUGUGUUUCUGGUUGUUGGACUUGGAGCCCUUUGCACUAUCUCUGAUUCUGAAGCUUGCUCCCAAGUCUUUAAAAAGAGGGAGGGAAGAUCACCAAUAGAUAUUAGACUUAUUUUUAAUACUUUUAAGGGUAAGCCUGCUCUUUUUCAAUCUCAUUCAUACAAGCCCUUUUCAUUAAAUAACCCAAGCAUUUUCACUUUGAUUUGAUUUAAUAUUCUGCUAGCUUAUUUUUUUAAGGCCCAGUAUUUUGCAGAAAAGUAGUAACCUUUCAAAACAUUGUUUGUAGUCUACAUCUUCAUCUUCACCUCUUACAUCUUCUUGGUUUGGCGAAUCUGAAAGAACUCAGGGAUCAUAUUCUUCAAGACUGCAUAGCCAGCAACAGGAUACUGAUUCUAAGAGACCUAAACUUUCUUAUACAUCUACCUCUAGUGUGAGAAAUAAUGGUUUAAACACAGUUUCAGGUAAGUGAUGUGCUAAAAGGUAUAAAAUGAUGUGUAUUUAUUUUGUUUUAUACUGAAGCUAGCUUCUUGCUAUCCAUGCUCUUACACAAGCACAGUUGUCUUGUGGAAACUUAAAAAUUAACAAAUGUUAUGGCUUUUUGUGGGGUUGAGUCUAUUUCAUCAGAUGCAUAUAGCAUCAGAUACUAUUAUUAUGCUCCUAAAAUAUCUAUUUGGGGCAAUGAAAUACAUAUAAAGCUUUUAUUCCACAACCAGAGUUUCUAGUAUAGAGUGGCUUUGACUGAUCGACAAGUAAUGGCAAUAUUGCCAUUACAAUAACAAUAGCUAUAUUGUUGUGUAUAAUUUUCAGAAGAGAGAAGUGUAUUCCAAUCAGGCCUAAAAACACAGCAGUAAAUAUUGUGUGUUUAAGACUUUUAUCAAGGAAGCAAGAAUACAUAUGUUUUUCACUUUUUGAUUUUAGAUUCCCCAUGGAGAUACAGCGAUGUACCCAGAUCUUCAUCCAUGGUACUUGGAUCAUUAGGAACUGAACUUGCAAGAGAGAGGAGAGAGCUGGAAAGAACAGAACCAUCUAUUAGCAGUCUUGUGGACUGUAGUCACAGAAAUGGUGACUUUUCAUCUUCAUCAUGUAUGUAUUGUUUCAUUCUAUUUAUGAGGUUCAGUCUAUUAUCUGUUUUUGCUUAGAUGAAGACACUGUUCUUGGCUCACAUGGCAGGAUAGAAAUUUCAGGGGGUUUAGAAUGUUGCUAAUUGUGAACGGCAAAGUUUUACUUAAAGAAUCCUUACGGGUUGAAUGUAUUGGGCCAGUUUUUUUAAAAAAACUUAACUUCUAGUCCCGUAACUAGUUUAAGCUAAUAAAAUAGCAUUAUUGAACAGUACUAAGGAUAUGGCUUCCUAAUUGUGCACUGUCUCCAGGGAUGCAUUUGUGGGAGGAAGGUAUGCUCAUCCUAGGUUUGGGGGCACAUUUGGAAUUUUGAGAAAGUGCUGAGGGUGCCAGUCCUAAAAUGGCUGCUGUUAAGGGUGUGGCCUAUUUAACACAAAAUAGCUGUCACAUCCAAAAAAGUAGAAUAAGAAAAGAGAUGGGGGGGUGGGAAUGGUUCAAAUUUGGUCAAAACAAUUUCAAAAACUUAGAAAUGUUAAUUCUUGUUGCUUCUCUUGUCUUCUGCUGGUGUGUCGCUAUAGAGAAAAUAAACCCAGGAGUAAUUUUGAAUUGCUACAGCCAGCCAUACAUGUGUAUAGUCACAAAUAAAAAGACAUAGUUAAUGCUGGCUGGCAGUUGUUGUUGUUGUAAUAUUAUCUUUAUGGAAUAGAAAAGAAUAGAAAUACACAGAAAAUAAAUAAACUUACCAGAGUAGUAGGGCCAGUUGCUACUGCACACUGUCUAAUUUCUCAAAUGUUGGUUGUGAAAAUAAAAUGGGGAGGGGGAAGGCUGAACCAAGUAUGCUGUCGUGAAUUUCUUGGAAGAAGGGCAUGCUAAAAAUGCCAUAUAUCAAUAUAAUCAACCAUGUUCUAAGCAAGACCAAGGGUUGUAGCUCUAGCAUACUUACAUGCCAAUAAGCCCCACUAAAUUCAGUGGACUUAUUUCUGAGCAAAAAUGCAUAUAAUUGGGGUCUAGUUAAAAAUGCACUUCUUGGGCUCUAGUUAAUAAUAAUCAUAUUUGGUUAGUCUUAUCUACAUAGCAGUAUUUUACUGCUUUUUGUGAUUCUUAUUAUUGUAGAUCUUCAGGAAAGAUCUUCUGCUUCGUAUGCACAGGGAGCAAGACCAAAAGAGAACUCGCUGAGCUCUUUGAGGCUGAACACAUCCAUGAACCGCCAGUUGCCUUCUGAACAUCAGUCAUCAUUACUCUCUCGAGAGCAUAGCUGGAAUUCAAGAUCUAACUAUGUCCCAAGAGAAGUAGAAUCUUCUGAAAGGAAUAUACAACCAGAGUUUACCCUUGGUGCCAUGAGAAGUGGAAGCGGUUCCUCAAACAGUUCCGAAAGAGUUAUGCCAUCCCAAAGGUCACUGAGUGAGCCUCCUGCAGAUACUGAAGGAAGGCGUACAACAAGACAACUGUUGUCUCGUUUAGCUUCUAGUAUGUCAUCAACAUUUUUCUCAAGAAGGUCUAGCCAGGACUCAUUGACUUCAAGACCAUUAGGUUCUGAAGAUUCAACUGUUCCAAGAGCUCAUUCUUCUACCCAAGCUAGUGCUACUAACACAGUUACAACUUCUGAAGGCACAGAAGGGCAGACUCCUGAUGUUUCUCAGGGAUUUAGCUUUCUUAGAAGACGAUGGGGCCUGUCGGGUGUUUCAUCAAAUCCUAGUUCUGAUUCGGAAGCUGAAAGUUACAGACCCGAUUCUGAAAGUAGAAAUUCAGGUUCUUGGCUAUCAUCUUCCCUGAGGAACAGGUGCACACCUUUGUUUUCCAGAAGACGAAGAGAAGGAAGAGAUGAAACUGCAAGAACCUCUACCUCUGAAACACCAGCUAGAUCACUGCAUCUUUUCAGAAGAAGAGAACCUGGUGGGGAGGUAUCUCUUGAAGCACAAAGUGAAUCCCUCAGGCCUGCUGCCAGGCCACCAACACCUGCAGUACCUAAUGGUGCUACGUCUGUUGCCUCUGGGCCAGAUUCAGCGCAUGGUAGAAGAAAUUCAGGAAUAUCAGGAAUGUUUCCUGGUUCUCUCUUCCGGUUUGCAGUGCCCCCAACCCUGGGGAGUAAUUUGUCUGACAAUGUUAUGAUAACUGUCGAUAUUAUUCCUUCAAGCUGGAAUCAGCCUGAUGGGCAAGAUAAUGACAAGUUAAAAAUACCAUCCUCAAGAGACCCUGAAAGGCUUCAAAAAAUUAAAGAGAGGUAAAAGCACUAUUUCCAUAGCUUUUUAAAUGGAGUUUUAAAUCAGUUAUAAAACUGAUACCAUGUACCAAGAGAUCUUCAACUUUUUUUUUUUUUUUUUGGAAAAUGUUGGUUUUGAUCCUAAAUUGCUCCUCCGUUUUAACUGAGGUGGGGGUGGGGUUUUCUGCCAACUUGCCUUCAUCUGCAGCCCUGCACACCAUUCUUAAUGCUCCCCAAUCCCCAGGAGCAGACUUAGGGGAUGUGCAGGGGGCUGUAGAUGGAAGAGAGGGCAGCAAGUCUCAUUUGGUGAAUAUCACCUCUUUUGUUCAUGCAAGGAAUGUUAGGAUCCAAGGCAAUGUUCCUAGAGAUGGUAUACGCCCCCUAGUUAAUGGUCUCUCUUCAGUGCCAUUAAUAACUUGGGUUGGGAAAAGCUUCGUGAUUGUCUCACAUGUGAAUGUGAUUCAGAUUAAUGCGUUAACAUGUGAAAAGUGUAUUCCAAGUUUUUUCUGCAUAAUAAUUGUUUCCUCUUACUUAGCCUCCUUUCCGAGGACUCUGAAGAGGAGGAGGGAGACUUAUGUAGAAUUUGUCAGAUGUCGUCUACUUCUGCUACUAACCUCUUAAUAGAGCCAUGUAAAUGCACUGGAAGUCUGCGCUAUGUUCACCAGGAGUGUAUGAAAAAGUGGCUACAAUCCAAGAUUAACUCAGGUAAGGCAACUCCUUUUUAGGACAAGAUUUUUUUCUUUGCUCCCGAGUUGCUCUUCCAUUGACUGAAGGCUUGAUGCAAUGGGGACUUCAAAUACCUACUUAUGUUUCUGUUUCUGUUUUUGUGUUUAUAUAUGACCAUAGAGAGACAUACCACACUCUUUAUGCUAGGGCGUCACCAACCUUUUUGGAUAAGGGGGCAUAUUUCAAAUUUUGAGAGUGUUGUGGGACCAGUAACAAAAUGGCCUCCAUAGGGCGGGGCAUAACACAAGAUGGCCGCCAUUGGGACAUGCCUUAGCAUAAUGUUAGAUAAUAGUCAUAUUGACGCUUUUUAAAUAGUUGUAUUUUCAGACUAUACAAUACUUAAUCUGUUUAAUUUGUUACUGCUAUACAACUGUUAAAGGCACAAGAACCCUGCCUCCCCUUCCCCUUGCCAACCCAUCCAAACUCUAGGCUGCCAUCCUGUACCCACUUACCUGGAAGUAAGCCCCAUUAAAGAAAAAUGCUUGCUUCUGAGUAGAUUAUGUAUACAGUUGUACUGCAUUGAACUAUAUAAUGAAUUCUUCAUGAAUGCCUAUUCCUUAGUUCCUGCACAGCAGAAGACAUGCCUAAAUUUCUUUGAAGAGUUUUCACAUUUGUCUUUAGCGGGGAGAGGAAUUUUGCAGAAAAUAAUUUAUAGGAUCUAUUUAAUCUCAGAUGAACCCCUCACAGGAAAGAUGGAUCCUGGUUGCUAGAGGAAAAAGAAAGGGCAAUUUAUGGCGAUUCAAAGGACUAGAACUUAAGACAGAAGCGGGGAAAUUGCAUUAAAGGGGAGGGGAAGAUUUGCAAUUAUUUAGGACCUGAAGGAUUUCUAUUCAUUUACCAAUCACAACUCUGACUUCAUUCAUUGGCUAAAACCACUGACAGGUGGGAGCAGCCAGGCUGAGUCAUUUCACAGAAAUUGGCUUGGAAGAGUGCCUGUGCUCUGUUUUGUAACAUUUUCCUGGAAGGGCUAGAGAUGCACUUUUUUAAAAAGAGAAGGCUCAAAGAGGCCGGGGCUCUUUGACCAGUGAAGGACUUUGCUAGCGCUGCGUUAGCAACCUGCCCCCUCCCCCUUAUAUGAAUCUGUACAUAAAUUUAUACGCUUCAAUGAAGGAGAAUAUGAUGAUGCUAGUAAGUGAACUGCGAAACAUAAGUCAUGCUUAUGGCUGUUUGAUCACUGGCACCAGUGUAUUCUGCCUUGCAUGUUUAUUUUUUAUUAAUGGCUCAGUUAUAUAAACAAAGAUAAACCUAUCUUUCUGAUUGUUAGUGUGCUUUCAUAUGCCCAGUUGACUCAAGAAUGCCUUCACUCUGAAACAAAAAGUGUAACUCCCUUGUUCCCUCAGGUUCUUCACUGGUAGCAGUAACUACUUGUGAGCUGUGCAAAGAGAAGCUGCAUCUCAAUCUUGACAAUUUUGAUAUCCAUGAGCUUCAUAGAGCACAUGCAAAUGAACAAGUUAGUAUAUUUUGGCUAAUUUGGUAAGUGUCAGUUUUGUGCUGUGAUUCGGGACACUUUUUUUUCUAGAAGAAAAUAUCAAUUCAGGUCAAAUUUGAUACUGAAUUUUUAAUUGUCCUAAAUAAAUCACAAACUACAUUUGAUAUCUACAAUGCCCGUUUAGAAUAACAUUCUGUCAUAUGUGUGUAUAUCUUGGGCUUUGUGUCUGUGUGUGUGUGUUCUAAUUUUUUAAUUUUGGGGGGCGGUAACUCAGUGAGCAUCUGCCUUGCAUACAGGCAGUUCUGACUUCAAUCCCCAGCAUCUUAAGUAGGAAUGGAAGAGACCCCUGCCUGAAACCUUGGGAGUGCUGUUGCCAGGCCCAUGUAGACAGUGCUGAGCUAGAUGGAUCCUGUGGUCUGAUACAGUAUGAGGCAGCAUCCUACGUUCCUAAGACACAAUGCAAAAAAUAAAUAAAUGGGAAGCCAGAAUGAACAUCAUUGAUAAAGUGACCUCACUUGCUGUGUGGUCCAAGAUAAAAGUUGGGAUUAUGGAAUAGCAGAAACAAACUGUCUUCUGACAGUGACAGUGCAAUUUUAUCUCAAAAGAUGUCUAUAGGAUGAACUCUUAAUAAUAUGUCUGUGAAAGCGUCCUCCUUCCUCCACGCUGACCUUCCCUCAUGGAGUCUGAAGGGAGAGUGUAGUUCACCUGAAUGCUGUCACAAUCCUCCCUGCUCAGUGAGAGAUUGUGUAGCUUUCUAAUAACGGGGAGGAUUUUCAGUCUGAAGCAAAAAGUGUUACGUACUUGCAGUUCCAUUUCCCAUGCACUAUGCGGAAGGUCAUGGGAGGUGAUAGGACCAGACACCAUUAAUGAAUAUCUGAGUAGGCUUUAGAUGCACUUGGAGAGGGCAGCGCUAGUUUCCAUUGAUAAGUAAGGAGACAUCAAUGGGGCAUUAGUCAUAAGCAGUGUGUGUGCUGAUGCUGAAUAUAUUUCCCUUCUACAAUUUUACAAAAUAGGCUUAGCAAGAGGUGCUAGGAGAAUUUUUAAAGACGAGGGGUAGGUCUGAGAACAUUUUGGGGGGGCGUGACAUACAUGUGCAAACCUACCUGCCAACAAAUGAAAUUGCUAGUGUCUUUGACAGAAUCCUCCCUGUCAAACAGGUAUAAUAUACUUGUGCAUCUUUCUAACCAAUAUGCAGAUGAAACCUUUUUGUGUCUCAUAUUCAUUGCUAUAUAAACACCAAGUUGUAUUAAGCUUCAAUAUAAGUUUUAUAAAUGUAUAAUGCAUUUUGCUUCUGUUUUUUAAUACUUUAUGCUUAUUUGAAUCAUUACAUUUAAUUUAGAUUAGAGUUUGAGUUUUGAAUAUUUAUCAAGGGCACCCUUUGUUUUGCAGAAAGGAGCCCAAAAGACUUCCCAUUAUUUAGUGUGGCCCUCAUUUUCAAUUUUCUCAAAAUGUCUACUUAAGUAUAGAAUUAGUCAUUAUAGUGAGGUGUUCAUUUACUUGGAAGAACGGUCAUUACAAAGCAGUUUCUUUAAAAGUGCAAUCAUGUUAAGAUUGAAAUCUUUGAUGGAUAUUAAGCAAUAAUGCUCCUGCAUGUGCUGGGAUAAAAUAAUCAGUGUAAAACAGCACUCAUUGUGCAUUUAAGACAACUUAAAUGUUUGACUUGAUGAUACCCUCUUUCUCCAGGCAGACUAUGAAUUUAUCAGUUCUGGGCUUUACCUUGUAGUAUUGUUGCACUUGUGUGAACAGCGCUUUUCAGAUAUGCUGGGAACUACAAGUGAGGCCAACACACGUGUCCGGGUAAGUAAGUGGUGCAAACAGCUUCUGUGGCAGAAGCAGAUUGUGACACCUGUUACAGCAUGUUUUGAUAUUUUCUCGAAUUUUGUACUGGUCAGAAUCAAAAGCCACACUCCCAGCUGGGGCUUUCUGCUCAUUCCUGCUGCAGUCUCUCAUGCCCCAAAGUUGCUCACAAAGGUCUGAAGACCCUCUGGAGAUGUUAUAUAGGAAAUGCAGCCAUGUACACAUGUUCUGUUGGCACAAGUCCUUCCUGCUUGCAUAUGGGGUUCUAGUUAUUUCCUAAAGUACUGCUUAACAAACAAAGCCACACACAUUGUGGAGAUUAAAUAGGCAUUGGGUAGUAUCUGAAUGUAUUUUUAAAGUUGAUUAAGAGUACGUUAAGGCAGCAUUUCCCAGCUUUGGAUCCUCAACUGGACUCCGUUCUUCUCCAGCCAGCACUACCACUUGUUCGGGAUGAUGAAAGUUGUAGUCUAGCAACAUCUUGGGAUCCAAGGACAAGAAAAAGCAUAUAGCAGGAGUGGGCUACAUUUCCUUUGGAGCAACGUCUCUGAGUUUGUGUGUCACAUGCAGAGAGUAGGUGGGGCCAGAGCUGAUGGGUGGAGCCCCAAACUAAUCUGGAAUAAAGGCUGUCCUGCAUCCAUGACUAUCUCAGAUAAGAAUUCUCAAUCUAAUACAGGUCUACCUGAAGUAAGACCCACUGGGUUUUAUAUGGUUACAUUCAAAUUGGUAUAUAGAGGGGGGUUUUUUUCAGUGCAACAAACACAUACAACUACUGGUCAUGCAAGUAAUAACUUCCUUACUUUACUAUGCUAGACACACAUUUAUGGAAAAGAUGUUCUUGAACAUCUGGGAAUAAAAAUACUACCAGCACUCACCGAUUUAUUUUUACCAAAUAAAACACUACUCCAAAUUAUUCUGAAAUUGCAUCGAAAGAGAAAAAAGGAGGAAGUGAUGGGGUGGAAGAAUGGGACAGCUUCAGGGGCAUUGGGGGCCAUAUAAAAUGAGGCUGGGGGCUGCAUGCAGUCCCUAGAUUGCAGGUUGGCGACCUGUACUGGUACAUUACUGGUAAAGGAAAGUGGAGGAUAAGCAUAACCUCCAUGAACAUGCAUUAAUUUUUCUAUUCUAAAAAGUCUCAUAUGCCUAUUUGGGCUCAUGAGCAUCAUUGUAGUUGCCCUUUUUUCCAAACUACGAAGCCCCAUGCAGCCUCUGCUUGUAGAUAAAUUGACCCACUGCCUGUUCUAUCCACUUUCCAGUACUUGAUACCUUUUUUGAGCAGACUUUGUUAUAUUUUUUCUUGAUUGACCAAUAAAAAUCCCUAGAAAUGUGCCUGUUUGGGAAAGGAUUUUAUUUUAUCCUCUAGCAAAGUCCCCUGGAUGGCUGGUGCUAUCAAGAUUGACUAAAUAUGCAGGAGUUAAUGACAACUAUCUAUGCAAGUUUUUCUCAACACCCACUCCUUCCUGAACAAGGAGUUUCAUCUAAUGAUAGAUUUCAUUCUGUUACAAUUAUAGUACUUAAGCAAGAUUUUCUUACACUCUUGCUUGCUCAAAGGGUGUCCUUGACAAAUAUUCAAAAAACCCCAAAUCCAGUCAUUCUAAAUCAUUGUUCUAGUUUUGGAUCUGAAGAUCUGCAUGUAUUUCCGUGAACUAAAGACGGUGCUCAUCUUGUCUAUAUAGUAAACUAGACUGAAACUUGCAAGUAGGCUCACAGUCAACAUAUGUCCAUUUCUAAGGCCUAGCUCAUACAGUACUUUUCUACAUGCAGUUAAUAACUUCUGCAUUAAGAAACUUAACAUGUGAAUUGUUGGGUCAGUUUUAGCCAUGCACAUUCCCACAUUUUUGUGGAGAAACUUACAUGUGUGAAUUUCUGGCUCACAGAUACAGAUGGUGUUUCCUGGGCCCUUUUAAAGCCUCUGCGAUUAUCAGUAUCCCUUUACCCCCUUGGCCCAGCUCACAUGUUUUUCUAUAGGUGUGCAUUCAUGGGGCUAAUUGGGACUCUUCAUUAGCAAGAUAGACAAAAGAAAGUAUUAUAUACAGCACAUAGUCAUUCUGUGGAAUCUGCUUCCACAACAGGUAGGGAUGGCCAACAGCUUGGAUGGACAAGGCUGUGUCCUACCUCCACUAUUGGAGGCUGCAUGCCUCCUGCUACCAGUUGCUGGAAAUCCCAUGGGUAUCUGGUUGGCUACUGUGAGAACAGAGUGCUGAACUACAUAAGCUAUUGGCCUGAUGUAGCAGACUGUUCUUAUUGGGAAAACUUAAAUUCUUCCAUGGCAUAUAUAUGCUUUGGGGUUUAUGAAUUGUUUUACAGGCCUGCGGUGAUUUACAACUUUUAAAACUACCUUAUUUCUGUAUUAUUUCUAGUUUAUUAAUCUUGCAAGGACUCUUCAAGCACACAUGGAUGAUAUUGAAAGUAGGUGGCUUCUGCUUGUUUUAGUUUCAUUUAAAAGUCAAAGAUGAAGUUUAUUCUUGUUUCGUAUCUUGCGAUGUAUAAUGCUGAGUACUUGGCUGAUGUGCAAUUUUCACGCAGCUGUGACUGGUAUACCUAAUAAAACUGAAAGGGAAAAGAGUCCAUUAAAAGCACUCAUUCUUGACUGGAUUGUUCCCUUUAGCAAGACCAUUCUGAAUGAAGAGAAACCUCUUACUGUCUCAAUCUGACUUUCAGGUGGACAUUAGGAAUUUGUCUAGCUGUCUCCUAAUGUCUGCCUCCGAAUAACGUAAUCAGGUUCUCAGGAGUGUGUACUUCUAUAAUGAAAUCUUAAGUAACUUGUAGAGAGGUGUCCUUUAGAGGUAAUUACGUUUUUGGGAAGGGCUGCUGCUUUGUAGGUGAUGACUAACUUGGUCAUGUCUAGUAUAAACCACCUGACUUUCUGCUUGCAUUUUGGACAGAAUAUGCAUUAGCCAAUUAUAGCACCAGUAGAAUAGCUGUAACUUACAUUGCAUGUUCGUAGUAAGCAGUCUCUAGUAUGUAUCUAUGCUGAAGUGUUAGUGAGGAGGGCCUGAGAUCUAUAGUUGCUUUGCCAUACAGUCUGUGGUGAACCCGUUAGUGGAUCAGCAAGAGGAAAAAGAGGUGAGCAUUUACAGUUGUUAAACUUGAAGUUAUUAGUAGUUUCUUGUUCCCUGUAAACCCUACAGCUGUACAUUCCCAUGCCCCCUUUUCUCUUCCCAAUGAGUAGGAAUCUCAAUAGUCUUUGAUACCAACUGAAGUUGAAUUAGUCCAAGCUGUGUGCUUCUUUUGGUUCUGCUUGAGCUGAUGAAACCCUGAUUACAGCAGAAGCCAGGAAUUUGUGAGCUGGCUCGUAGAGCAGAAUGUCUUCUUCAGUGUUUGUGCAGAAAUGCUUGUAUUUGUAGAGAGGAGAAAUAUAGUAUUGCCAGGAACCAGCUGCCUUUAUUUUUCUCUUCCUUGAAGCUCUCUCAUAUGUUCUUAUUUCAGCCGUGCUGCUCUUAUGGAGCAAGACUAUCUACCCUCCUUUAAUCAGUUUCCAAUAGUUGCAAAUCAUUUUGCUGCCCUCUUUAAAUACCAUUUUCUAGUUUGCUGCUCCUACAGCUAUAGCUGUUUGGUAUAAUUUAUUCUACUUAAUGGAUUUUUUGCUUCCUUUUCAAUGAAUUUUGGGAAUGUGUAGGCCACUGACACACUUUGGGUGGGAGCAACUGGUUUGGUAGCUAUUUAGAAAAUGUAUUAUACUUUAAACACAAGUGAUUCAGUCAGACUCUUCCCAUAUGAACUGCCUGGACCCUGCAAUCGUAAUCAGAGGUCCUUCUGCUGCGUGUGCCACCUCCACGAGAGGUCUGGAGGGUGAAACACGAGAACAGGCCUUUUCUGCAGUGGCUCCCCACUUGUGGAAUGCUCUCCCCAGGGAAGCUCACCUGGCACCUUCGUUACAUAUCUGUAGGCGCCAGGUAAAAACAUUCUUCUUCUCCCAGGCCUUUGGCUAAUUAAACAAUCUAUGGCCUUUUAAACUGGGGGGGGGGGGUAUUGUUUUUGUGUGUUACUAUGGUAUGUAUUUUUGUGGUUUUUUUAUAUUUUAAACUACCCUGUAAUCUUUGAAGGACAGUAUAGAAAUUUAAUGAAGAAUAAUAAUUGUUUAGCAACUUUUCCUUUCUGAGGGACGUGGAUUUAACCUUUGCUUCUGCUGAAAGUGUUUCAAAAUGUCGUUUAUUGUUAAUAUAGUGCCUUCCAUGUACAUGUAUUUGUACAUCAAAUGAAAGCAAAAUCACACAGUGCAUCGUGCAAAGAGUUAUAUCCAGCAUAAGCAUACUUUGAAUUAAUCCACAGUAAUAAUUGAAUUAAAUUAGAGUGUAUUGAUCUUAGUGAGUCUGCUCUGAGUAUGACUUAGUUGGAUAGAACUCAUAGACUUCCUAGAAAACUUUGGACUGAAAUGGUUAAAAUAGAAACUAGGCUAUUGUGGUGAUUGGGAAUUUCCUCUUAAAUGUUGCUUAAAGGAUACAAUUAAUGGGUACAAAAAAAGUAUGAUGGUGGUCUUAUUUUAACAAUUAAAAAAAUAGGUUACCUUAGGACAUUUCAGAAAAACCUGACUUCUCUGAUAAUUUUCAAUUUUUUCAUCAAUAAAAUUGAAAGCUUUACCCCCACCCACGCAUUGGGUUUAAAACAUAUUUGCUUCCAUUUACUUCAUGGUGCUCAUUAAAUAUUGAUUUCAUUUUAGCAUAAGCAUGUGUAGGUGUUUUUCCAUUUUCAGUUCAAGAGAUAAGAUUUGUGUGUGUGUUGUGAAGCAUGACUGUGGUUUUCAAUUUAGGAAGCAUUCUAUUUGGAAACACUUAAUUAAAAUUACAUAUAUGCUAUGUUAAACAUGUUCGUCUUCAAUUUAAAAAUUGCUUCCUGUACCUUAGAGUUGUAGAAAGGUUUUUGAUUGGGUUGUGUACCUUCAGCAGCUUCUGAUGAUGAUGAUUCUGAAGAUGGUGAACUCGACAGAACACUUGAUGCUGCAUAAAUGUGAAUGGAAGGACCGGGUGGAUACUCAACUGGCACAAGUACCAUCAGUAUGCAUAUGUUUUGUAAAACACUGAAUGCUAUUAGAUUUCUGACGCAUUGCUGAAUUCAAAAAUUUGCUGUUGCACAUUGGUAUCGAGAGACCUGCAAGUGUGUUGUUUCUCCUUUGAGAUUAUGACAUGUAUGCCUUCUUCUAAAAUAACAGAUUUUUACGUGUAAGGCAAAUGAUCUCCUUUUGUAUAAACUUCUGGAAAAUGUUUCUCAACUUUUGCUCUUCUACUGGCUCUAAGUGGUAACAUUAAAGUGUGUUUGCAAGUCAUGGGGAGGAGAUAGUUCUGUGUUAGCUUUCCAUUUUAAAACACCUUUGGGAACUCUCUUUUAUUUUGCUUCCAGUGUUAACCAAGGUUGAGUGAGGGAAUGAAUGGGUUCUGUGAAGUUAGUGUUAAGUUUCUAAGUUUUUCUUGAGGAAUGUUUAACUCAAAGCAAUAAAUUUGCAAGGGGCUACUAAUAAGCGUUAAUUAUGGCUUUUAUAAGUAUUGAUUUUGAAACUGCUGAUUAUAUUUGAUAAUAAUAUUGUGUAGAAGUUCCGGUAAGGAAUUGCAGCUGUAAACACUUGCAUUUCAGCAUUCCUGGAAGGAAUAAAACUUAUGGUUUAGAAUCUUAACCAAGCUAUUUAUCUUAAUGAACCUUUUUUAGAACCCACAUUCACUGCUGAAGCACUGGUUAUCAAUGUGUUUUCUAGUGUUGUCACUUGUUUGUUAAAUAAAAAUUACAAUGCAUACGAAUUGCCUGCCUUCUUAAAAUACAGUAGAUAAUAGUGUACAACUUGUCUUCUAAACUGCAAUCUGCAUUUAAGUUCUUUAAAAUUCUGGGGAGAAUUCAGCCUUGUGUUCUUCUGAUAGUUGAUAGUUCUGUCUACACAGGUCUUUCAGCUUGUCAAGACAGAACAUCCUCCGUGCCUUCAGGAAGAAAGGAUUGGGAGUAGUGACAUUGUAGGAGGCUGCUCAUUAUGUCACACACCAUGGCCACUGGUGUGAAUGAAAUUUAGCAUAAUAUGCAGGCCCAAAAGCCACAGUUCCAUAAUGCAGCAGGUAUUGCAGUAUGAAAGGAACAUUUGGAAGACAGGAUUGAAGUGCCAGAAUUAAAAUCAAGAAAACUAAUGAAUUCCCCAUAUCUGAAUACAGACCUAAGAUGACCUUCUGAAACCUUUCAGCAAGGAAGGAGAGGCUAUUUCUAAUCCUUUGCAGAUGUUCUAUAGUAUGGUUUAAGUUGUGAAAGCUAUUUAAUGAUCUAAGAACUGUAACCAUAAUCUCCCCCCCCUUCCAACCUUGGCAAUUGCUGUAGCUGUUCUGAUUCCAGGGAGAAUCUCUGUAGUAGCAUAGAGAGCAGUUGGCAGCGAAAUCUAGAUGGCCCUACUGUGAACACAGAAGGUUAGUAAACCCAGUUUAAAAAACGCAAGUCACCAGGAUAAAACCUGAAAUGAUUUUACAUUGAUGUUGAUGAGCUAUAUAAAACUCCCCUUAUGACAUGUUCAGAAUUAAAUUCAUUUUUAAGUAAUAUGUAUUUAGUGCCACCUUUCUAACCAAAAUUGGAUUGCUUUUUCCGGUGACUGGCAUGCAGUUAUUUGAAGACUUACUAGUGUUAGAUCAGUUAGGAUGUGAUGUCUAUGGUAAAGUAUUCAAAUGAUUGAUAGCUUAUUAAGUGUAAUUGUGCACUUAAACAGAUUGCACAUCUCUCUGGGUUUAAGUGCUAGUUCAGUUGAGCUACUAGUUGCAAUUUAACAUAUGGUAAACUUCCUGCAUAGUAUUGUCCCUUGCUCAAUCAUUUCAGGAAUUGAUGGUGCUUACUCUCUCAAACACACAUCUUUCAGUACUUUGUUAUUGUUUUACUAUAAACUGCUUUAUUGAACUACUUAAUGUGUAUAAUGCUAGGAAGGCCUAAUCACCUUUAGUCCCCCCCCCUCUCCGUUUGAUUGCUGUGGACCCCAGCAGCUAUUUGAUGUAUUUGCAAACUGGUUUUUGCAGAUUAGGAAUAUUUCAUGAGCCAUAUACUUCUGAAUGAUAAUGGGUUCAGUUGUCCUGCAGUAUGUUAUUCCUCUCCCUCCAUUUCCUUUUUAAAGUUACAUUUACUAGCCACAGAUGAUCCCAUAUGCCUCUAUUCAAAUGAAUGAGAAAUGGUGUCUCAAACUCCUAAGCCACUUUGGGUUAUCCUCACCAACAUCUCGAAAUAGGGUCGAGAGGAAUAACAGCAUUUUGCCUGUAUAAUUUUGUUUAUAUGGGUAUACACUUUAACACUAGAAUGCAUUGUUUGAUUUUGCAAAAGAAAGCAUGACUAUAUUUCUGCAGGUACCCUCUCUCCAAAAAUAACCGUUACAGAAUGCAGUGGAGCAUGUUGGACCCCAUAGUUUUCCCCCUCUAGGGAUUAAUGCUUCUCCAUGGUGGUUUUACUUCAGCACUUGAAUUAAGAUGCUUAUAGUACUCAAACCUGCAAUACUGAUUUAUUAUUUGCAAUGCUCUUUUGAAAAAACAAAUUCUCUUUUAUUUACUAUAAGCACCAUAUUCCUGCUAGGCAUCUUUGUUUUGUUUUUCCAGGGCUUCCUGAUAGCACAGUGGAAUUCUCCUAAUUAAUGUCAGGUUUUGUUUACCAACAACAACCCCAAUAACACUUUUUGGAAUAUGGCACCAAGAAAAUACAUGUUUCUUUCAUACUGGAGUAAUUUAAAAUCAAAUUUUUGUUUGGGUUUCUUUGCUAGUAUUUUGAAGGAUUCCUUUGGGACCAAUGGCAAAUUGAUAGUGUUAAAACAAAUGGUGUAAGAGGGUUCUGCCUUCCAUCUGUCAUUCUCAAAAAGAAUUCAUAUAACUAGAUAUUUAUUUAUAUCAGAAUUAUACACAUGAAAAUAUAGAGACAUGUACACAUGCAUGAUUUUCCCCACCACUGCCAACUCCUAUAUUAACACAUUCGGGUAUGGAGUUUUGUCAGAUAGCUAUAGUAUGCAACAUUUCAGCUUGGAAGACCAAUUUUUAAAAAACACUUGGCAUGGCCUCAUGAUUAAAGGUAUGAAGGAUGGCAUUACUACAUGCUCCAAGAAACUUUUGUGGAGGCUAUGUGAAAUAACAUCUUAGACUUGACAACAGGACCACCCCUAGUAUUAUGGUGAAACUUAUAAUAACAAAACCUACCUUUUCUGCAGAUGGUUCCAAUCUACAACUGGAAUUCUGAUUUCAGAAACAAUUGAAAAAUGUAUAAUUGUGGUUUGUCAUUUGUUUCUCGAUGCCAUUUGUUAAUGUAAAUAAGGGCUUCAGGUGUGGGCUUUUAAAAGUUCUUCAGGCACAACAUAAUCUUCAAAGUUUAGCACAAUAGCUUAAGGUGAGAGUGAUAGAGGUGAAUCUCUGGAUGUAGGAGACCACUUACUUCUGGACGAAUGGCAGGUUUCUAUGUACAGCUGUCCUUUCCUCCAUUAUAUUACCUAGCCAAAGCUAAACACUGUGAAGGCCGGCAGUUGCAGAUAUUAAGCAACUGUGGAAGUGCUUAAAUUUGGCUGGACUGUAUCUGCUGCUGUUUCUCCUCUAGCCAGCCUUAACCUCUCCCGCAACCAAACUGGUAGUUCAAUUUGUGCCAAGGCCUUUUUGCAUAGUGAAAAACACAAUAGAAUAAAAGUGCAGUUUGUGAAAAUGGUACAACAGUUGCAUGGAUGGAAAUUUACUUCCUGUGCGUAAGAGCAAUUUAAUUUACCAUUGAAGGUCAUUCAUCUUCAUGUGGAAUAAUGUCAGACUGUCUUUUCCUUGAGGUAUAUUUCUUGGGAGCCACUGUUGUUCUUUCUGUAAUUAUGUUAUAAAUAAAUACAGUUUAGGCAGUAUAUUCAUUUUCUUCUUCUACAAGAACCACUUCAUCACUGCUUGGCACUUGAGUGGUAGAACUGUAUGCAGUACAUCCUGUUCCAGAAGAAACCCUCCUUUGAUAUAGGUACCAGAGAAAUGCUGCAGACACUGCCACAAUUACUGUUGAAGUUAUGACUAAGGUAGUUGUCCAAGCGGUUUCAUCUGAAACGAUACAGGGAUUCCGUCAAUGGGAUGUAGUCAAAUUAUGUACAUUCUUUCUACACUACAGCUAAAUGUUUAUCUGCUAUCACACUUGGCACACUAAUAGUAGUGAUUGCCUCUUUGCUUGGAUCUAAUUACCAGUUUGCAACUAUUUAGAAAAUAGCUCCUUUUCUACAAGUUACCAUGGAACACAAAGGUAGCUCGGUGGACAACAGUCUCACAUUUUUCAUUAUACACAACAUCAGAUAGUAUAUGAAUGUUAAUUUAUCAUAGCAUACCCACAAGACAAACUUCGUCACCUCUUUGCUUUCACGUAGUCUUGUUCUAUAUGGCACUUUAUUCCCAAAGCUGCUGGUGUUCUACAGAGUAGUAUCCACUAGUGACAAGCAUGUCUAUACACAAUCUCCUUUCUAAAAAAGCUUAUGUGACACCAAAUCAGGGUAAAACUACUGGGUAACAAUGCAGAACUCUGGGUGUCAUUUGCUACUUGCUUGUAACCAAAUUACAGUGGUACCUCAGGUUACAUACGCUUCAGGUUACAGACUCCGCUAACCCAGAAAUAGUGCUUCAGGUUAAGAACUUUGCUUCAGGAUGAGAACAGAAAUCGGGCUCCGGCAACGCGGCAGCAGCAGGAGGCCCCUUUAGCUAAAGUUGUGCUUCAGGUUAAGAACUGUUUCAGAUUAAGUACAGACCUCUGGAACGAAUUAAGUACUUAACCUGAGGUACCAAUGUAAAUGGGCCUGAAAUACUGAUAUAAUAAUAACAAAUAACAACCAUGACAUUAACUUUAACCACUUGAAUAUGUACACAGAUCACAGGGUAAGUGUGAAUGCUGUAGUUUCCUUAUUCAAUUACAAAGCGCAAUAGCUCUGAAUAACCAAGAGAAAAUGCUCUCUUUUCAAAGCUCAAGUACUGAAUUUUUUUUGGGGGGGGGGGAACCAAAAGAUAACUCACCCGGUAAAUACUUCUUUUCAUAAGGAACUGCAAACAUACAUGCAAAAGAAAAUGAAAGGUGUCAAUGUGUGUUUAUCUUAAAAGCAGCAAUUUGCUUUCACUGUAAUAACUGACAUUUCUAACAUCCUGAAUCUCGAACACAGCAUUCUAUGCUCUUCAGGCCCCAAUCCCAGUAACCUUUCCUAUUCACUUGCAUUAAAGAAUGUUGUGCACUGUAUGCAUAUGAGAAGCUCAUUUCUGUAUAAGGUGCUGAAACACCAGAUCUUCAUGUUCAUGUGGAAGGGACAGAAAAUGAGCAGAAUCCUUUAUUGUGCAGAAAUGACUGCUCCAGUUAAUUAAGACUUCUGUGAUGUUAAGAAAUGAAGUCUUGUCCUUCGGUUCCAAUGUGAUAAAAGCUGGAAGCAGGAACCAAACCAACACCAUCGCCUUUCCAAGAAUCUUCCAUAACUAGUCAAAAGCAAUGCUAGUACUGGUAUGCUUUUUAUAGGGGUAUUCACAAAAACAGUUUCCCAAAGGUUAACCCUCCUUGAGCAAUCUUGCAAAAUUUUGUGUAGCUGAUCUCUUAAGACUAAAGGGAAGAUGUUUAGAAGAUGCUCUUAAAGUAAAAUUAUUACCCGUAGCAGUGCUAAUUGCGCCCAAGACAAUUCCCUGCAAAUCUCUGAACUCUGAAAUCUAGCACUAAGAAACCAUUUAUAGUAUAACAAAUAGUGUGGGUAUUACAUACUGGAGGUUUCACAAAGGACUUCAGUCAGUGGAAGGUGCUCACAGGCUGCUUUUUUCCAUCGGCCUGAUGAUGUCUGCAUAACAGCACAGGUGUUUAUUAGCUCCUCAUUACUUUCCUCCUCUAUCCAGUUUGUAAAAUUCACUUUGGAUUGAUCGUACCAUUUGAAAACGUUUUCUGCAACAACAUAAAAUUCAAGUUUUAAAGUCCUAUAACAUUAAGGCUGGUUUGUGUGUGUAGGAAGAAGUCUCUGCCUUGUGUGCACCUCCUGUGUGGGUGGAAGUUUAAUUUCACUUUCCAGAAGCAAAGAUCCUGGUUUAAAACAAACUCUAGUCAGUUUCUAAAGUUAGCUUCAAAAGCAGGAGUUAUGAAGAUAACUUUUAUAAUUAACCAGAGUUUGUUUUAUGCUAUGAUCUUAGUUUCAUGGGUAACAAACGUGCCAGGCCUUCUGGAAAGUGAAAUGAAAAUCUGCUACAGUCCUUGUCCUGCAGGAGGAGGGGGAAGAGCAAGUCUCAUAUCGACUUCGUACUGCUAAAGGUAAUACGUGGUUGACUGGUAACAUCUGAACAUGGUCUAAUAGUAACAACAUCUUGCAGUAAAACAAACACAAGCACAAACCCUCCACCACCACAAAGUGUCCUCUGCCACCUCAGAGGGAAGCUCUAUUGAGAUCACUGGAACUUACUUAGGAUUGUUCUUUAGUUGCUUGACCAGGGGUCAGCAAGCUAAGGCCCAUGGGCUGGAAGGAGCCCACGGAGGUCGUUUGACCGGCCCAUGAGCUGCCCCCGAACUGAGCCACCUGCGUGCUGCGUUAAACCGGUGCAGCGCAGCAUGGGGACUCGCUUCUGCAGCACCAGAAAUUGUGUCUGUGCAGAUGCUGGAAAUCACGGACACGUGUGUAUGCUCACGCACGUACACCAAUCUGGCCCAGGCAAGAUAAACCUUGCCGACCCCUGUGCUUGAUUAUACCAUCAAAAUUAAACCAAGGUCAGAUUUCUUUUGAGAUUUCAGUUCACUUACCAUCUGUAUCAAAAAACAUGCCCAAUGAUAUGUAUUCCGGACCAUGCCAAUGGGUGCAGAACGUACUCCGAAUAAAGCUAUUCUCCUCUUUGUUAUUUAUGCUUAUAAUGUCAGCUCCAGAUGCUACAUUUGAAGGGGUGGGUGGGAAACAAACAAACAAACACCAAAAAUCAAAUCCCAGCACUUUGUCAGAUCUUAGUCUAAAAUAGACUGAACAGAAAUAGUGCUCAUAUGUGACCUUUUCUUAUGCUCAAGUACUAUUAGGUUUUGUGUACCCCCCGCCCCCGUUUCAUGAAAGACAAACAAGCCCAACCACCCAAGUUAAUUGUGUCUGUGGCCCCAAAUAUGCCAGAGUGUCUGCUGCGACAUACAGGAGCAUGUGUGGCACACAAUCCCAAGUGGAAAGCAUUCCCAGAAUGU